AAACACCCCGAAGUAGAACUCUCAAACAGAACCCAUCAAAACGUAGAUCCAAACUCAAACUCAAACAUCUCAUCAUCAUCUCUCUCUCUCUCCUGCUUUGGGGCGCAUAUACGUACACACAUUUAUAUGUACGUAAUGUAUGUACGUAGAGGCAUAGACGGUUAGGAGACACCUUCUCGUCGAAUUCUCUGAUGUGAUCCACCUUCUGGUCUCACUCUCUCUCUCCACCGAUCAUUGCCCGGCCCCACCUGGGAAAAAACCGUCCCCUUCGCCUGUUUUCGAUAACGAGUUGAGAAUUCGAAUUGGGUCUCCAUUCAAUCCCAUAAAAGGCUGGUGCGAAUUCUUGAUUUCUAUCAAUCCCAAGUAAUUUAGUAGCUCCUAGCAACGAUUCAACUAAAGAAUGUUUAGCCUCUCGGCGGAUGUGUCUCAAAAUGGUAGUGUUAGAAGUAUGGACACUCUAUGUAGCGUGGCUGAGAUGGAAGAAUGUGAUUUGUCAAGGUUAUUAGAUAAGCCAAGACCGUUGAAUAUGGAGAGGCAGAGAUCAUUUGGUGAAUUAUCUAUUGGGUUGUCUCCUCAUCACUCCAUAAGAAAUGUCGAAAAUAACUCUUUCCGAUUCAUGGACCAUAGCGAUGUUGUAUUUUCACCGGGGAGACGGUCUGGAUUUAAUACACCAAGGUCACAAAACGGUUUCGAGACUCAUCCGAUGGUUGCUGAAGCUUGGGAAACUCUGAGGCGUGCAUUGGUUUACUUCCGCGGUCAACCGGUGGGGACAAUCGCAGCGUUAGAUAAUUCUGACGAAAAACUUAACUACGACCAGGUGUUUGUAAGAGACUUUGUUCCAAGUGCCUUGGCUUUUUUGAUGAACGGGGAACCAGAAAUAGUCAAGAACUUUCUUUUGAAGACCCUUCGCCUUCAAUCUUGGGAGAAAAAGAUCGACCGGUUCCAACUAGGAGAAGGAGUGAUGCCAGCUAGUUUUAAAGUACUCCAUGAUCCUGUCAGGAAUACUGAAACAUUAAUGGCAGAUUUUGGUGAGAGUGCAAUUGGGAGAGUGGCACCUGUUGAUUCUGGAUUUUGGUGGAUCAUAUUGCUUCGCGCCUACACAAAGUCUACUGGGGACUCCUCCUUGGCUGAAAGGCCUGAAUGCCAAAAGGGUAUGCGCCUAAUAUUGAGCUUAUGUCUUUCGGAGGGAUUUGACACAUUCCCCACUCUUCUUUGUGCUGAUGGGUGCUCUAUGAUUGAUCGUAGAAUGGGUGUUUAUGGUUACCCGAUUGAGAUACAAGCUCUUUUCUUCAUGGCUUUGAGAUGUGCUUUGCUUUUACUCAAGCAAGAUGCUGAGGGGAAGGAGCUUCUGGAACGAGUAGCUAAGCGUCUUCACGCCUUGAGCUAUCACAUGAGAAGUUACUUUUGGAUAGAUUUGAAGCAAGUUAACGAUAUAUAUCGAUACAAGACAGAGGAGUAUUCUCACACUGCAGUCAAUAAGUUUAACGUAAUUCCUGAUUCACUCCCUGAAUGGAUCUUUGAUUUUAUGCCAAAGCACGGAGGCUACUUUAUUGGAAAUGUUGGUCCUUCGAAUAUGGAUUUCCGCUGGUUUUGCUUGGGAAAUUGCAUUGCCAUCUUAUCGUCCUUGGCAACUCCUGAACAGUCUACUGCGAUUAUGGAUCUAAUAGAAUCACGCUGGGAAGAAUUGAUCGGAGAAAUGCCAGUUAAGGUUUGUUAUCCAGCCCUAGAAAGCCAUGAAUGGAAGAUUAUAACCGGAUGUGACCCAAAAAAUACCAGAUGGAGUUACCAUAACGGAGGAUCUUGGCCAGUGCUUUUGUGGCUCCUCACAGCCGCAUGUAUCAAGACAGGACGGCCCCAAAUCGCAAGACGGGCCAUUGAACUUGCCGAGACCAGAUUGUUGAAAGACAGCUGGCCCGAGUAUUACGAUGGGAAGCUUGGUCGAUACAUUGGGAAACAGGCUCGGAAAUUCCAAACCUGGUCCAUCGCGGGUUAUCUGGUGGCGAAAAUGAUGUUAGAGGACCCUUCCCACUUGGGCAUGGUAGCUCUCGAGGAAGACAAACAGAUGAAACCCGUCAUGAAAAGAUCUUCUUCGUGGACUUGCUAGGUUUUUGGUACUCUUAAUCUUGUCGUUAUUAGGUUUUUGCAUUUGAAGAGAAGCAAGGAACUGGAACCUUUCGCAGUGGGGUAAGAAAUUGAAGUCCCUCAUGAAAAGCACCGAAGGUGAAGCUUUCUGUCUUUGAAUCCUUUUCAGUUUCAGUUGAGAUACUCCUCUGGCAAAUAAGUUUGUCUUUGGCAUGUAGCUUGUAUUGUGCCCUUCAUAACGGAAUUAUCAUGUUAAUUAUUUUCCUUCA